AAGUGUCAGCAACUAAAGUCCUGGAUACAAGUCAACGGUGAACAACAAACUGACAUCCCCUCCAUGAAACCAAGCAACGUGUCUUCCCAAGUUCAGACGUGCGUCCCACACUCUUCGCUCUUCAUAUACUCCAUCCAGCCAACUCAUACAAACCUCCAAGAGCCACAAUGGCAAUCGGAACCGCCCGCCCGUCUGCCCUGUCUCCUAAUACAAGAAAUCCCAUUAUCGAAUCACCGCAACCACAAUCCCCCGAACCAUUAUCUAUGCCGUCGCCACCACCGACUCGCUCACCACGAAUGGUCCCUGCUGCGCCUCGAAUAGUCUCACCCUUUUCUGACCACAUAUCACCCAUUAGAUCACCUCCUAUAUCCCUUGAGCAACCAUCAAACAAGAAAAGCCGCUCAAAAUCUUCCAAGAUCUUCCGCCGCUUGCGUUCGGUGUUCAAGUCAUUUCCAAUCAUCAACCCCACGUGUAAAAUCCCAGUUUCUCUUCACGGAAGCCGUGCACCUGAGGCACACGUCAAUGGAGGGACACGCAUGACUGGUACCCUUUUCGGGCACCGGAAGACGCGGAUUAAUCUUGCCAUCCAAGAUAACCCAAGGAGCAUUCCAAUCCUCGUACUCGAGCUUGCAAUACCAACAGGGAAGCUUCUUCAGGAUAUGGGAACGGGUCUCACGAGGAUAGCAUUAGAGUGCGAAAAACAACCAUCUGGUAAGACAAAGCUAAUCCACGAGCCAAUAUGGACAAUGUAUUGCAACGGCCGGAAGGUAGGUUAUGCUGUGAAGAGGGAGCCAUCCGAAGAUGAUCUAAGCGUCAUGCAGACAUUGCAUGCGGUUUCAAUGGGAGCUGGGGUGCUUCCGACCGAGGUCUCGGAUCCCCCAGAUGGCGAUCUGACCUACAUGAGAGCACAAUUUGAGCGAGUGGUCGGUUCUAAGGAUUCUGAAACAUUUUACAUGAUGAACCCGGAUGGCAAUAAUGGACCAGAACUUAGCAUCUUCUUUGUCAGGAUAUAAGUACUCGCCAGAGACUAUGGACCUUGAAAUAGAUGGAAAGUCUUCUUCUUCUUCUUUUUUUUGUCAGUUUGGUGUAAGUCGUGAUAGAUACAUGGCCAACAUUAAUUGUAUAGAGCAAAGGGGAGGCAGAAGUAACUGCAAAGCAUCGUGUAGUUUUUUACUGUUCUAUCAUUUCCAGUCCGAUACGUCUGCUUGUGAAAUUUAUAUAAGAUUUGAGCCAGUCUCUACGUUCCGAAGCCUGACUAGCCAUUUUGAUGAAACUAAA